AUGAAUGAUAACCACGGUAUGAAGAAGGAUCCAUCCAUAAUAGAGAAGAUUCAGAACUUCUUCAGGGGCAUAAUCACUAGUGUUCUGAAGACUAAGAAAGACUAUGAAAAAGAAUGUGAGAAAAUGUCUGCAGAAGAGAAACAAAAGGAAAGUGACAAGAGGAUGGAGGCCUACAAAGCCCUCUGCCUGGGUGGCCUGACAAGCAUGUACUGGAAGGAUACAACAUCCCUUCUAAACAAAGUCAGGGCGAUCAGUGGACCAUUUGCUUCAGUACUAUCUGAAGGCUUUGCCAUUUCUCAGGCAGGGAUGCUGAUUGGCAUUGCCGCAUCCUCAUUCCCCAAGUCGUCACCUUGGGCACUUGCUGCUGCUUCAAAUGGAUCCCUGUUUGCAGUUUUAUUCAACAUUGCAGCAUUUCACCUUGAAAUCUUUGAGUUCCUUCCUGCCAUUGUACUGCUGAUAUCCUGGGUACUGUUUUCCGUAGCAUUUGCAGCGUACUGGUGCGUUGGCUCUCAGGACCUCACGAUUGUCAGACUGCUAUACAAGUUUCUGUCCAUUAUCGUGUAUUGCGUGCUGUUCAUGCUCAGGCACUUGAUCUUCCUCCCAUUCAACUUGUGUGGAUGGGCUCUUUCUAGAAUAUCGAAUGUCAUAGGUCUUGUUACCGGUGCUGGUUUCUCAAAAGAAGCAUUGAGGGAUCGACCCAGGCAGGCUGCUAUCAACAGGUGGUAUGAUCCCUUGGGAGCAUUGAGGAAUAGACAGAGGCCACCUGCCACUACCUUAGAGGAAGAGAAUGUUUAG